AUGGCGGCCGUAGGUCAAAUCUCGACGGGAAUGAUGGUGGAUCGUACUCUCUCCUCCUCCUCCUCCAGGAACAUUGGAGCUGCUGUGCCGCCAUCAUUCCGGCGUACGCUAAUCGGCGCCGGCGGUAAAUCUGGUUUGGCUAACCGUCAAUGGUCUCUCUCCGUCAGAUCGAAUAGUAUCACUGAUGAUAGCCGGAGAGUUAAGGUUUAUGCAGAAAAUGGCGCUUUCGAUUUGGGAGUGAUGGAUUCUCCAGCUGAUUCGUAUAAAUUUGCGGAACCAAGAACAAGAACAAGUAACAAUGAUUCAACGAGGAAGACGAAGAUUGUGUGUACGAUUGGACCUUCCUCCAGCUCUCGGGAAAUGAUCUGGAAGCUCGCGGAAGCAGGAAUGAACGUGGCUCGUUUGAAUAUGUCUCAUGGAGAUCACGCUUCUCACCAGAUAACUAUUGAUCUUGUGAAAGAAUACAACUCUCAGUUUGUAGACAAAGCCAUUGCUAUCAUGUUGGAUACAAAGGGUCCUGAGGUUCGAAGCGGUGAUGUACCUCAGCCGAUAUUUCUUGAAGAGGGACAAGAGUUUAAUUUCACCAUCAAGAGAGGUGUCUCGCUUAAAGACACAGUCAGUGUAAAUUAUGAUGAUUUUGUAAACGAUGUUGAAGUUGGGGACAUACUUUUGGUGGAUGGUGGGAUGAUGUCGCUUGCUGUGAAAUCAAAGACGAGCGAUUUGGUGAAAUGUGUUGUUAUUGACGGUGGAGAGCUUCAAUCUAGACGUCACUUGAAUGUUCGAGGAAAGAGUGCGACUCUUCCUUCCAUAACAGAUAAAGAUUGGGAAGAUAUUAAGUUUGGAGUGGACAACCAAGUUGAUUUCUAUGCAGUUUCUUUUGUUAAGGAUGCUAAAGUUGUUCAUGAGUUGAAGAACUAUCUCAAUUCCUGCAAUGCUGAUAUAUCGGUGAUUGUGAAAAUCGAAAGUGCAGACUCUAUAAAGAAUCUUCCUUCUAUCAUAGCUGCUUGUGAUGGGGCGAUGGUUGCUCGUGGAGAUCUUGGAGCCGAGCUUCCCAUUGAAGAAGUCCCAUUGUUACAGGAAGAGAUAAUCAGAAGGUGUAGAAGCAUUCAUAAACCAGUGAUUGUCGCCACAAACAUGCUAGAGAGUAUGAUUAACCAUCCAACACCUACAAGAGCUGAAGUCUCUGACAUUGCAAUCGCAGUACGUGAAGGUGCUGAUGCAAUCAUGCUUUCUGGUGAAACCGCACACGGAAAGUUUCCGUUGAAAGCUGUUAACGUGAUGCAUACCGUGGCGUUGAGAACUGAGGCGAGUCUACCUGUUAGAACCUCAGCACUCCGCACCACUGCUUACAAGGGUCACAUGGGACAAAUGUUUGCUUUUCAUGCUUCGAUAAUGGCGAAUACACUGAGCACACCGUUGAUUGUGUUCACAAGAACUGGCUCCAUGGCAGUGCUUCUAAGCCAUUACCGCCCGUCCUCAACAAUUUUCGCCUUCACAAACCAGAGAAGGAUAAUGCAAAGGCUGGCUCUUUAUCAAGGUGUCAUGCCUAUAUACAUGGAGUUCUCUGAUGAUGCUGAAGAUACAUACACUCGGUCUCUGAAACUCUUACAGGAUGAGAAUAUGCUCAAGGAAGGACAACAUGUAACGCUUGUUCAAAGCGGUGCACAACCAAUUUGGCGUGAAGAGUCAACACAUCUCAUACAAGUCCGUAAGAUAAAGAUAGGUUGA